CCUACUUGAUUCUUAUUGUAAAGUAAACAACACCACUUCUUCUUCUUGUUCUCCCUGCGGGCCUAUCUCUCUCUGGAUCUAUAUCUCACCAACACCAACAAACACUCGUAUAUAAUAUACAAAAAUGGUGGCAAGAACACCCUCACCGAAACUAAAGAAAAAAACAAUGGUGGCACCACUUGACCCUAAUCAACUUAGACAAACUCUCAACAAGGUGGAAAAAUGUAUGGAAAGAUUGCAAGAACUACAAUAUAUUACAACAGUAGGUGGGACAAAAGUUAUUAAUGGUGUUACUCUUGGUCCAACAAGUACAAGAGGUUAUCUUAAAGCUAGCCUCAGAUGUAAACAAGAAUCUCUCAGAAUCAGAAAUUCAAAUGCUCAAAAAUCCCCAUAUGGGAAGUUACCAACACAAUCAGGUGAAUGGAAAAGAAUGUCGUUACCAGCAAUGUUGUUAGGAGAAACGGUUGGAGAAAUACUUCAAGCAAGUCAAUUUGCUCGAGAAAUUGUGGCGGCUGUUGAUUCCAAACAGAAAAUGAUGACCAUCGCUGGUGAUCCUAAAACGCCAGUCACCAAUACCAGGAGAAAUUCAAGUUUAAAACCAGAAACCUCAGAGCUCAAUGCACGUCGAAAGAGAGAGAAACAGAUCAUUCGUUCAGCCUCACAGUCGCCUUUGCUACAAAGAGCAAGAUCACGAAUUAAUUUCAAAGUUUCAGGUUCACCACCAAGAAAGGAAUUCGAGAAAGAAAACUGUAGGUUUACAGCGAAUAGGGUAUCCCCGAAACACAGACCGUGGGCUAAGAAAACUGUGAUCUUCCCUAAUCCAUUGUUUCAUUUAUCACCUAAUUCACAGAACCCCAAAUUCUGUAGAACAAAGUCACCCGUGAUGCCAAAAAACCAUCCAACCACACCUCAUAAGUUUUUGAUCAAGACACCACCUGCUGCUGCACGAAGGACUGCAGCAUCCUCCUGGUCCUCAGUGGCUAAGUUUAAAGUGAAGAUAAGAAGUCCAAUAAUGUCCUUAUCUCCAACCAGACCAGUAGCUGCUAAGAAAAUGGCUGUGUCACCUCCUCAGAAAGUGUCCACGGCUGCAAAGAUUAGGAGGUCGUUUUCUCCAUCAAGAUUGGCGAGUAAAUUGGCGUCCCCAUUAAAAAGUAGGAAGUUAUCUUUAAACAGAAGUAGUAUGGAGAACAUGAUGAGUGGAUUGAAACAGAGGCCAGGGGCAAUGACUACACUACUGGGAGAAUUUAAGACUUGAUUAAUCUUUUUAUAAUGAUAUUUUCUUAAUGUUAAUAUGAUUUCUGUUUGGUUUUGUGUAUCACAUUAUUUAUUUUUUUUCAAGUCAUAAAAAGCGAAUGACAGUUUAAGCUGUUUAAUGUUUA